CAAGGGGAUGAUGGUGGGGGGAGGGAGUUGUACAUAAUAGGGGAAAAGACUGUUUGUAUGAGAGAAUGAAGAAUGACAUUGACUGGGCGGAUUUGAGCGCACUUUUGACGCUCUGGCUCAGGCCUCGCUGGCUGCUGGCUGGUGGAUUACUGGAAGUGGGCAUGGCGGGAUGGAUGUCUACCGUACCAGAUGGGACUCGAGGCCAUGAGGAUGAGAGACUCGAGUCACCAUUCUACUUGGCUGGCGUGUAUAACAUUUUGACGGAUGAGAUGGGAGGGCCUUCAUGGAUGAUGCGCUGGUUUUUGGGGGGGUGUGUUAGCGCGAGGCCUGUCUUCUUUCUCUCUCUCACUUUCUCGGGGGGUGCUUGGUUGACGACGUGGGUGUAGCUAUGGCUGCGUUUUGUCGUUAGGGAUGGGGUGAGGUCAUAGCCUGUGUAGUGCUGGGUGGUUUUGCUCGGCGCUCAUUCUCUGUAGAUAUGUUUAUACGAGAAUGCUGAUGAAGAGAAUGUGAAGUAAUUGGAAGGCUAAUAAUAUUUGGAAC